GCUGGCCUCCCAUCACCGGAGCUGUCCAGCCAGUUAUUCCAGCAGUCUGGCCCCAGGGUGGGGAGUGGGCAGUGAGGGGCCCCUUAUCUCCCGCCGGGGCCCCAAAGCCUGCUCACCCAGCCUCCUAGCUCCCAUCCCUGCCACCACCCAGAGGCACCUUCUGACCUCAGAAGGCUGAGGGUCCUCAAAGAGGGGAAGCAGGAAUGGCCGGUCAAAUGGAGGAUGGAGGCAGAGUGGGCCGCAGCGGGGAUGGGUAGCCUGUGGUAAUAACGGGCCUCUGUGGAGGGAGAUAGGAGGUGGUCUCGAAGAGGCGGAACAGAUGGGACAGGAGUGGGGUGUCCUGGACAUGGCCCUGUUGUGGCUGACCCCAGCCCCCAGCAGUGGCUUCCCUGACACCCCUUCCUUCUAAGUCUGUCCUGAACUCUGGGCUCUGUUGUUGGCUCAUAUGCACAUACAUACUCUCUCUCUGUCUCUGUCCCUCUCUCUCUAUCUAUCUCUUGCUCUCUCACCGCCCCCCCCUCCGCCUGACUCUGUCUGACUUUAUUGAUCUUCCCCCUUCCUGCCGCUUUUACCCCCCUCCCUCAGCUGUGUGCCUCCAUCUCUCCGGAUCUUGGUCUCUGUCUGUCUGGGUCUGUCAGUCAUGAUUCCUGCCCCAACCGUCUCUGGAUCCAACUCUCUCUCUCUCUCUCUUUCUCUCUCUCAUUCUCGCACUCUCCUGUUCUGUCGGCCUGCCUCUCUCUGGAUCUCUCCUUCUCUGGGUCUCACUCCAAGGCUUUGUGGGGGCUUUGUCUCUUCUUCUCUGGGACUCUCCUGUCUCCCUUGUCUGUUUUCCUAUCUGCCUGUCAGGGUCUGUCCCCCUCUCUCCACCCCACCCCAGGCUCCACCCCCUCGCCCCUCACUUGGGUCCUCCUCCCGGCACCCCUCUCGGCGGCAGAGGCUCUGGACAGCGGGGAUGACGCCCUCCCCGGGCUGGGGCUGCCCGAGCCCCGCAUUCGCUCAGGCCAGCCGGCAGCUGUCUGAAGAGCCCGCGGGCCCCACGCUGGGUCCCCCGUCGUGUGAGGGUCUAAGGAGAAGAGGGUGGGCGCGCACCAGUCUCGGUCAUCCCACAGCAGUAACUGGAAGACCAGAGCAGCCAGCGCCGACUCCUGAGCGCCACAGUGGGACAGGGACCCCCGCUCAGCCCCCUGCCUGGUGCCGCUGCCCGCGGGGGCGCCUGGGCCCCGGGGUACGAAAGUUCUCAUCCGGGCACCCACAGGGCAUACCUGCACACGUGGGCUCCUGUGCAUGGCUGUGUGGGGUGGCGGGGUCACCUGUGGGCCCCUGUGCUGGUGCCUCUGCCCGCAGGAGUGUUCCUAGAAAGGGAGUCUUGCAUGUGCCUACGGGCCAGGGGAAGGGACGGUGGUCCCACUAGUGUCCUUGACUCGUCCUUGUAGCCGCCCCCUGGGCUCCCCUCCCCCUCCCCAGCUGCCAGCGGUCCCAGCCUGGGGCCGCCGCCCCGCCCCCCCAGUCUGUCCCAGCUCCCAAGCACUGCUGCGUUCGCCAUAUUUGGCCACAGUGCUCCUGCGGGGGGCGGGGCGGGGCUGACAUCACCCCGAGAAGGGGGGGCCACCGCCUGGAAGAGGGGAGGCGGGCAGGGACUUGGGGGAGGCCGGGAAGUUGCUUUGAAAAGUCUGGGGCUGCCAGGGCCCCCCAUGCGCCAGACCCCUGCUGCUCUGAGGGAGGCCUCAGGAAAGGAUUGGGGGGGGGACAUGGGUUGAGGACUCUGUUGGGAGGGGUCUUAGAGCACCGUAGCCCCUCUUCUGCCUCCCCUCUGACAGCCUGGGGCAGUAUCAGAUCUCGGGGGAGGCCCUGCAUCUCAACUACCUCAAUAUGGGAGCCACUGGGCCCCCAGAGUCUCUGCCCCCUCACAUCUGUAUUCCAAGAACUUGGCCUCAGGAGUUGAGGAGGGGAUGGGGCUACAGCUUCCUGGGGGGGAGAGUGGGCUGGGAGUAGAGGAGUGUGGCCCCUUUUCCCUGGUCAGGAGCACGGCUUCCCCUCGCCUGGGCUGCCCUCUGGUGUGGAGAGCUAUUCUUCGUGGUCUUGGAGGCCUCACGGCGAGGGCGACAGCCCUGUGGGGGUCCUUGAAGCUGCUCCAGCCACUUGGGCUCGAGGGGAGGCCCCUGGGCUGGACCCCCACUGGGCGGGCUCAGGGUAGUUGCCAUGACAGCUGGGCCUCCUUUCUUGCUGCAGGUGGUGAGGCUUCUCAGCUUCAUCCCCUGGGUUAGGAGACUGAAGCCAGAUUGCCAGGCUCUGAACCCGGCUCUAGCCCUUCCGAGCUGUGUGUCUGACAAGUUGCUUAACCUCUCUGUUCUCUGGUUUCCUCAUCUAUAAAGUGAGACUAAUAAUAGUCUCUACGGCAUAGGUUAUUGUGAGGAUUAAAUGAGUCAACGUGUACAAAAUCCCAGAACAGGGCCUGCCAUAUGGCAGGUGCUCUCUUUAGAGUAAUAGCCUUAACUCUGUUUCCAUCUGACGUUUGGGCCCCCUCGGCCCUCCCCAUCCCAUGCCACUAGCGACCCUCUUCAAGCCUCCCCAGACAAACAGGUGGCCCCACACAGAGGGCCCCCCCUACCCAUUUGGCAGGGCCUGGAAUUCUUGUCUGAGGGCAAAGAAUUCCCUUCCCCAGCUUCAGAGGGGUCUCCCACCCCCUCCACCCUACCUACCCCCUACCCCACCCCAGCUUUCCCUGCAGACCGGAGCAAAGUCUCUGGAUCUAGCCAUCUUGGGCUCCGAGGCUCCCUGGACAUUGGGCAUGCAGAGUCUGAAGCUGAAGGGGGUUGGGGAUGAGCCUUGGAGCUGUGUGUGUUGGGGGGACUGCCGGGUGUGGUCUCAGUUAAUAACCCAGCCUGGCGUGUGCAGGGAACUCAGAGUUUACAGAGUCCUGGCCCAUCUGCGAUGUGGGCCAGGGCAGGGGCAGGCGUGUGGGUGGUUUACGGGCCACUGUGGGGCCAGGAGGUGCAGGAACAGGAAGUGGGAUGGAGGAGCCGGUGGGGUUGAGCAAGGCUGUGGGCCAGGCACCUUCUCAGCUGCUCCCUUGCCAACCAGCAUCAUUCCCUCCUUGCGAUUCCUGGGGCGGUCCCUGCCCCAUGUUUAGGUUCUUUGGCCGGGCUCCUGGGAGUUAUCUUUUAGGGAAGUCAAAACCACACCCUUCCUAGAUCCAGGGCCCUUUCCCUCCCACAGCGGGUCUUCAGCAAGGUUGCGCUGAGGCGGGGGGGAGAACGAGGAGGGUGAGGGUCCCCAGUUGGGGGCUGCCGAUGGCAGGAGGAAGAGCUGCAGAAACACCCAGCAGGCCCCCUCCUCUUCUCAUCGCCACAUGACUGCGAGCCUCAGUGUCCCAUCUGAAUAAUGGGUAUCACUCCUCGCGCUCCUUGCCUUAGUUUUGAGGAUUAAGUGAGUAUGAACAUGCUUUUCGCCCACAAAAGUGCCUUGUAGAUAUGAGGUGUUAUUGUUGUUACUGAUCACCACCAGUCCUAUGUCUUGAGUGUUAUGAGCCAGGCAUUGUGGUUGGUCCUUUGUCGUGAUCUCAUUUAAUUUUAACCCUCACGACCUCAAGGAGCCCUUUUCCCUCAUCUUAUGGGACGGAAGCUCAGAGAGGUGAGGUAGCUCAUUUAAGGCUGCACAGCACUGAGCCCCGGCUGCCCAGUGGGCUCAGGCCCAGAGCCCAGAGCAACCAGCACGAUAGCGUCCAGCAGCUGGAAUGCCAGCAGCAGCCCCGGGGAGGCCCGGGAGGACGGGCCCGAGGGCCUGGACAAGGGGCUGGACAACGACGCAGAGGGUGUGUGGAGCCCCGACAUCGAGCAGAGCUUCCAGGAGGCCCUGGCCAUCUACCCGCCCUGCGGCCGCCGCAAGAUCAUCCUGUCAGACGAGGGCAAGAUGUACGGUCGAAAUGAGUUGAUUGCACGCUACAUUAAAUUGAGGACCGGGAAGACUCGGACAAGAAAACAGGUGUCCAGCCACAUACAGGUUCUAGCUCGGAAGAAGGUGCGGGAGUACCAGGUUGGCAUCAAGGUCUCUAGCCACUUGCAGGUUCUAGCCAGGCGGAAAUCUCGAGAGAUUCAGUCCAAGCUGAAGGCCAUGAACCUGGACCAGGUCUCCAAGGACAAGGCCCUCCAGAGCAUGGCAUCCAUGUCGUCCGCCCAGAUCGUCUCCGCCAGCGUCCUACAGAACAAGUUCAGCCCGCCCUCCCCUCUGCCCCAAGGCGUUUUCUCCACUUCCUCACGGUUCUGGAGCAGCCCCCCUCUCCUGGGACAGCAGCCUGGACCCUCUCAGGACAUCAAGCCCUUUGCACAGCCAGCCUACCCCAUCCAGCCGCCCCUGCCGCCCACGCUCAGCAGUUACGAGCCCCUGACCCCGCUCCCCCCAGCUGCUGCCUCUGUGCCCGUGUGGCAGGACCGCACCAUCGCCUCCUCCCGGCUGCGGCUCCUCGAGUAUUCAGCCUUCAUGGAGGUGCAGCGAGACCCUGACACGUACAGCAAACACCUAUUUGUGCACAUCGGCCAGACGAACCCCGCCUUCUCAGACCCGCCGCUGGAGGCCGUCGACGUGCGUCAGAUCUACGACAAGUUCCCUGAGAAGAAGGGUGGACUGAAGGAACUCUAUGAGAAGGGGCCCCCGAACGCCUUCUUCCUUGUCAAGUUCUGGGCCGACCUCAACAGCACCAUCCAGGAGGGCCCUGGAGCCUUCUAUGGGGUCAGCUCUCAGUACAGCUCAGCAGAUAGCAUGACCAUCAGCGUCUCCACCAAGGUGUGCUCCUUUGGCAAACAGGUGGUGGAGAAGGUAGAGACGGAGUAUGCCAGGCUGGAGAACGGGCGCUUCGUGUACCGCAUCCACCGCUCCCCCAUGUGCGAGUACAUGAUCAACUUCAUCCACAAGCUGAAGCACCUGCCGGAGAAGUACAUGAUGAACAGCGUCCUGGAGAACUUCACCAUCCUGCAGGUGGUCACGAGCCGGGACUCCCAGGAGACCCUGCUUGUCAUUGCUUUCGUCUUUGAAGUCUCCACCAGCGAGCACGGGGCCCAGCACCAUGUCUACAAGCUCGUCAAAGACUAGGCCACUGUUGGCCCCCAGCACCAGGAUCCAGGACAAGCAUCUUUUCCACACACCUGCCUGGCCCCUCCCCCCCCGCCCCCCGGAGGUCUGGAUUGAGGACUCACCCGCCUGCCAGGCCUCAGGCCCAGGACCCAGGAGGCCUCUCCACCUACCCCCAGCACACACACUCCCUGCCACUGUUCUGCGCUUUAAUUGUGGGAGAAGAGGGCUCCGUGGUGGGGCAGCCUGCCCCAGACGCUGAACCAUCACCCAGCUCUGCCCAGCCUCCAGUGAGCGGAUCCGACCCCUUCGGGCUCAGGCAUGUGUGGCCAGCAGGGGAGGGUAGAAUGGAGAUCGAGGAGGUGAGAGUGCAGAGGCCCCAGGAAGGAGAGUGUCGAGUUGGGGUUAGGGUGAGGAGAGAGAGGGGCCCCCACUUUCUUGCACCUGUGGUGUGCCAGGCCUGGUGCUAGGCCCUCUGUGUGCCUGGCGCCGUUCUCAGACCGGGCAAGGCAAGCGUGGGUCUUGGUGUCUCAUGAUGGGCUGAAACUCCGAGAAGUCGAGGGACCCAGCAAGGGGGGCGGAGUUGGAAUUCUCAUCCGGGGCUGCCUGUCCCCAGAGCCCAGGUAUACACUGCCUCCCUGGAGUGGGGGGCCAGCCGCAGGGGGUGGGAGAGACGGUCUGUACUGGGGGCUGGGGCCAGCCAGGUUGGGGGCCUCCUCCCAGGGGAGCAGCUGCUUCUGACUAGGCAGGAAAAGAGGAGCAGCAGGUGCUUGGCACCUGUUAGGUGCCCUCUGUCAGCCCACAGUGCAGCCAGGGCCUUGGGAGCCCCUGUGCCGACCUCCUCCAAGCUGCUCCGGCCCACAUCCGGGGCCUGAGCCCCUCAGCACCUUCCUGACAGGAGAAGGCCCCCGGGGUCAGGCUCCAAAAUAACUUGGAGGGUCAAGUAGGAAGAUGGGAGUCCCAGCCUCUGGGCAGACCAGUGUCCCAGGGACAAGGGGUAGCAGAAGGAUUUGAUGUUUUCAAAUGCCCAACACUUGGGUUUGGUGAGCCCUCGGUGGGCACCAGUCCCUUACGUUUCUCUCCACCUCCAGUCUCCCAGGCCUGGAGUAGCAGCUCCCCAGAGCCAGUUCUGGGACUGAAGGUUCACCCUUCCCCUGCUGCUCCUCCCCAACAGCCAGAGCCCUCAGCCAGCUUGGCCUGUCUACCAGCCACCUCUGGGCAUUGACGAGUUUCAUAUGAAGUACUGUGCCCCUUCCCUUCCGUACACCGCCCGCCCCUGAGCUUCCUGAAGGUCCUCACAGUUUGCAUAUUGCUCAGGCCACUUCCAAACCCAACCUAGGUUUUAUAAUGUAUAUUAUAUUUUUUUGUGUAUUUUUUAAAUCCAGCUGUGAUGGGUUAUAUCAUAAACGUGGCGCGGGGCUGGGGCAGGGGUCCUCAAGGCCCGGCUCCUGCUCCAAAAAAAAAAAGAAAAAAAGAAAAAAAUUAAAGUUAUUUGUUUGUGGGUUA